AUGAGCAUAAUGUGUACGAUAGUUUCAAUCGUUUUGGCCUGCUCGCUUCUGCUGGUAUCGAUCGCUUUCAUAGGUGCAAGCAGCCGCCAUUUUGGGGAGCAAACACAGAAACGAGAGGCGAACAAUCCGGCUGGAGUAUGGGAGCUCGUAUCAGCAGCCACCGUUGCACCGAAAACACCAGUCGAUCUGAUGAUGCGAUUUGAUGGCUACAACAGAAACACAAAACCCCAGCCAACAGAUGAGGAGGAUCCACUCGAGGCCGAAAACAGCCACGUGGUGGUGCAGGUGUACUCCGUCGAUUCCGAUCAGGAAGUGGUAAACGAUUCGGCCUCCAUGGCGAUUCGUACGCUAAAGGUGGAAAACUUUGUCACCCCGAAGGAGCACAUGGAUGGCAAAUCGACUGAUCGUGUUGAGCGGAAAGUACUCGCUCCAGGUAAAAACGUGCCGGUAGAGUCCGGCGAAAAGGAAGAUCUACUGUCGGAACAAUUCUUUAUCGACGAAUCGGGUACGGAGCAAGAACCAAACACUGCCGUAAGACGACCGGGAUAUGGUAAAACGUUCGGCAAUGGACGAGCUGAGGUGGAGAGUUACGAUCAGGAGCAGGAACGUGUUGCAGCCAAGGGGUCACAAUCAUCUUACGCCAAUUCGGCCCCACCGUUCUUCGACUACAACGAACAGACGAGCCAGCGCAUGUUGGAUGAGUUUUUCGCCCUGCGCAAUCAGGACACGUUGGCUUCCCGUCGGUCAAACUACGACUGGGGCGAGGGACAGCUGAGAUCGAGAACGCUGGAGGAUAUUAAAAAUCAAAACCGAGCUUCGGCUGCAUCGAGACGAAAGGCGCAAGUCCCCGAUUAUCCGCGGGAAGAUGAUAUGAGCUAUGACCGAUAUGCGGACUACGCUGAAGCAGAGCAGCGAGCAGUAGGUUAUACGGCACAGAAGCUAGGCCGUAAACAGCGUGCGACACCUUCAACCGGUGGUCAGACGCAUGUGCUCAACAAGGUCCCGAUCGUGGCGUACGAUGGUGAUGGAUCGAUGGCACCGAUGUACAAAACAGACCCCUCACAACGCUCACAGUUUGAACGAUCGAGGUUCCACUAUUCACUGCCCUCGAUGGUAUACAACCCGUACGCUUGGGAUCCGUACCACAUGAACAUGCUGCGGUUUCCACAGUGUAACGCAUGCCAGCAAAAUGCACGGGCCCUCUGCUCCAAGUGUGGACUGUGUGCCGAUUGCUGUGCCCACAGCAAAUGCACCUGUGGAUGCCUGAAUGGUUGA